AUGACGGAGUAUACUUUAUUUCUCUUAAUUACACUAGGCGUUUACCUGACAACAGCCACACCAGACGAAUGCUUUGAACAAAAUGAUGGAGUCAGAAAACUGACGGUCCAAAAAUUGGAUUCGUUCCGUCUUGCAGAUGGUCUAUACAAUCUGUCAACUAUCAAAACUUCACGAAUUGGGUGUCUGCAAGCGUGUACUUUGGAGCCCUUGUGUAAGGGGUUCAAUCAUGCAAAACUUUCUAAAACCUGUCAAUUGAAAUCGAUAGGAGAACCAUCACCAUCGGAGCUGAUAGCCAGGGAUGAUUUUGUGUUCUAUGGCGUUUCCUGUUCGACUGAGGCCAAUCAGUCUACGGUCAGUCCAACUACAGAUAGCAUCACAACGGAGGGUCUUACUACAAAGCUCUAUCCAACUACAGAACCGUUAACAACAGUUGGUGAGAUAGCGACCACAAUAUCCUUGUUGCCACCACCCGCUCAAGCAGCUCCGAAUAUGCAAACUACUGUCAUCAUGUUUUAUGUUCCGAUGGAAGCAAAUAUGGACGUUUUCAUACGAGGUGGCAGGACCCAGAUAUAUUCAGAUUGUUUGACCUCAUCGUGUUCGUCCAAUUGUUCUACCGAUGAUCCAUGCUCCAUUACCAUCACACAUAUAUCACCUGGUAUGGGAAGUCAAUGGGACAACUACAAUGCCUGGAGAGACCAGGACAAUUACUUGGAUCAUUUCGGCCACGAAAACAGUCAGGGAUUGCUUGGAUCUGAACCGUCAGAGGGGACACCUCUAGCUCUCACUUCGAACAAUGUCUUCGAUGAACAUUAUCACAUUUACAAUCAGUGGGGAGCCGAUUAUUGGAUGUUCGAUGGACCAAUGGAUUGUUCCCAAUCUGAGGACGGUUGGAUAUACUUCAAAGGAGUGAAAGCCAUCGGCCCUGCCCCUCAUACAGCUCACUUGGAAGUUACGGGGACCCCAGACAGUACCUGCACUGGAAAUGUCGGGGGAGCAAUACCCUCGACUGCCACUGAUGGUCAUUAUAUUCGAUGUGGAUACCUCAAUAAGGUAGCAUGGGGAUCGCCUAAUUGUAAAGUGGAUUUCCUUGACUAAUGGUCCUCAAUGAUAAUGAUACCCUAAUUCAUACACAAGGUUCUUGUAUGUAGUCUAAACUGAUGUCGGUAGGCGGGUGUAAAAAGGUAGAGGGUCCUAUCAAAAUAUGGUCCUACUCUUCAUUGAUUUAUAUGGUGACCUC